AUAAAACCAUCUAGCCUAUCGCUCGCUAUCUACACCUUAGUACAACGGCUCAUCGAGGACAUCGAGAAAAUUCAGAACAAAGCUCUUCACCGAUCGCAACAGCGGAUCAUGGGUGUUCUAGGUGCCCUUGCUAGGCACAUGGAUGCCCUUGUUGGGCCAGGAAUCAUGCUGCUCUACCCUCUAUACGCGUCGAUGCGUGCGAUAGAGAGCCCUUCUACCCUGGAUGAUCAGCAAUGGCUCACCUACUGGGUCCUCUACUCCCUGAUCACCCUCUUUGAGCUCUCAUGCUGGAAAGUUCUCCAAUGGUUUCCUCUGUGGCCGUACAUGAAGCUCCUCUUCUGCUGUUGGCUGGUGCUGCCAAUCUUCAACGGCGCGGCCUACAUCUACGAGACCCACGUGCGCCGCUACUUCAAGAUCGGCCAGUACGUGAGCCCCAACUACAACGAACGGCAGCGGAAGGCGCUCCAGAUGAUGAGCCUCGACGCGCGCAAGUCCGUCGAACGAUUCAUCGAGUCGCACGGCCCUGACGCCCUCGACAAGAUCAUCCGAGCUGCUGAAGAGGAGGCAAAGAGAGCGUAACGAUGGUUAAGAUUGUGGUGAACUGAAGGCAUUCUUUCCAACGGGGAGAAGUAAAUGGAAUUGUGUAAUGGCUGCCGUGUAUUGCAGGCUUGCAGCUCACUUCACCUCGUCUGUACUUGUGUGUGCCGUGUGUCUGAAAUGUUCGUUGGCUUGGCAAUGGCAAAGAUACCUCUCCUACAAAACUGGCAAGAUACUUGGAUACUUGAGAAAAAGGUUGCCAUGCAUACAAAGAAUGAGGAAUACAUCUAUUCGGUGUACAGUUGUAUGAAAAAUCUCCGAAUCUAAAAUAUGUCUUGUCUGAACA